GUGUUGAAAUUUGGAUGUAAUAAAUUUUAUUCCCUGCUGCCACUUUUAGUUCUCCUCUUACAAGUGUGCUUCAUAAAAUUCCAUCUUUCACUAUAGCAAACAGAUCCAUUUUCUUCGGAUUAAUAUGCAACAUGCACUUACUUUAUCAAACAAAAUAAUUAGACAUGGAGUAUAAGAAGAAACAGAGUUGCUUAUGCUUACGUGGGGGAAGACUUGUCAAGAUAAAUAUAAAAUAGAAUGGGUGUGUUGUCUUCUUCUUCUAUGCAGUCACAUAGAUUAAGGUUUGAAUUGAUGACGGUUAUGCUCGUGAGAGAAUUGUUGGUUACAAUAAGACAAAUUGUAAUUUAGUUAUUAUCAGCUUGUUAAAAGAUAAGACAAACGAGAGAAAAACGAAGAACAGACAGACCAAACAAAACGGUCCAACCGGUCCGGUUAACAAAACACUGAAAAAGGCGCCAACACGCUUGUUACGUAAACGGUAGCCACGUUUCGAGCACUGCGUUUGCUAAUUUGUCUUCACUGAAAUUCGCAGUGUUCUUUCUUCGCAUUUCGGUUUAUGUUUCGUUGAGCUACUGAUUUGCAUGCAAGGCUAGUGACACUAAGAAGCGGAGAAAAUGAGAAAUAUUUACUUUCUAGUCUUAUUUCUGUUGAGCAUCUUGAUCUCCAUACAUGCUUCUUUGCAUGUGAAGUAUCUUCCUGGUCUUGAAGGUCCUCUUCCUUUUGAGCUCGAGACAGGGUAUGUGAGUGUUGGUGAAUCUGGAGAUGUUGAGCUCUUCUACUACUUUGUGAAAUCAGAGAGAAAUCCAGAUAAAGAUCCUCUCAUGAUUUGGCUCACUGGUGGGCCUGGAUGCAGCUCCAUUUGUGCUUUACUCUUUGGAAAUGGUCCAUUGGCAUUUAAAGGGGAUGUGUAUAAUGGGACAGUGCCUCCUUUAGAGCUAACAUCUUAUUCUUGGACAAAGGUGGCUAACAUUUUAUAUUUGGAAUCUCCUGCUGGUUCUGGAUAUUCUUAUGCCAAAACUCGGCGUGCUGCUGAGACGAGCGACACCAAACAACUUCACCAAAUCGACCAGUUCCCUAGGAGUUGGUUUGUGGAUCACCCUGAGUUCAUAUCAAAUCCAUUUUAUGUUGGUGGAGAUUCAUACUACGGGAAGAUUGUUCCAGGAGUUGUGCAACAGAUUUUACUUGGAAAUGAGAAAGGUCUCACACCACUGAUAAAUAUUCAGGGAUAUGUUCUUGGAAACCCUACGGUAAGUGCAAACUUUGAAUCAAAUCAUAGAGUUUCAUUUGCGCAUCGGAUGGGACUGAUUUCAGAUGAGCUCCACGAGUCACUUGAAAGAAAUUGUGGAGGCAAAUUCUUUAACGUAGACCCAAGUAAUGCAAAAUGCUCAAAUGGUCUUCAAGCUUAUGAUCAGUGUAUCUCAGAGAUAUACAUAGAGCAGAUUUUGUUACCAAACUGCAAAGUAGAUUAUGUCUUACCAGACAUAUCACUACCUAACAUCAGAACCAGUAGAAGAAGAGAACUCAAGGAGUUUUCAGGAAAUGAUUCAUCAUCAUUGCCUCCUCCUAGAUGCUUCACUUAUAGUUAUUUUCUGUCUGCCUUUUGGGCAAACGAUGAAAAUGUACGAAGCGCUUUAGGCGUGAAGAAGGGGUUUGGAAAAUGGAGUAGAUGCAACACCCUAAACAUACCAUAUACAUAUGAUAUUCACGAUGCCAUUCCAUAUCACGUUAACAAUAGCCGUAAAGGCUUCCGCUCUCUCAUCUACAGUGGCGAUCAUGAUAUGAUGGUACCUUUCUCUUCAACUGAAGCAUGGAUCAAAUCUCUCAACUAUUCCAUUGUUGAUGACUGGAGACCUUGGAUGAUGACUAGCAAUCAAGUUGCUGGAUAUACAAGGAGCUAUGCAAAUAAGAUGACAUUUGCAACCAUCAAGGGAGGAGGACACACUGCUGAGUAUAAUCAAGACCAAUGUUCACUUAUGUUCAAAAGAUGGAUUGAUGCUGAAUCUCUCUGAAGAUUCUCACUCACUUCUCUCUCUCUCAAAAGUUUUAUGAGUUUUUAUUGUUUUUCGUUUAUGGUUAUUAAGUAAAAAUUUAAUAAUAAUAAUGACCUUUUAUUAUCAUCAACUAGAUCAUGACCCGCCCGACCGGGCGGGUGUUUAUUUUUGUUUCAAAUUUGUUUUGUUUAUAUUCAUGAUUUAUUUGUAUUAGGUAGUCUGUAUUACAUUUAAUAGUAAAUGUAUCCGUGUUAGUAAUAAAAUUUUAUCAACAUAUUUAAUAUGAAAUAGAGAAUAUGAAAAAUAAAAAUGAUGAUAAUGAUGCAUUAACAUAAGAAAUAUAAAAAACAAUUUUGCCAAUUUAAAAUAUAAUGAAAUAAAUAAUUAUGAGUUAGUAUGAUAUAUGAAAAGGAAAAUUAAGGUAUAAUUUUUUUAUUGAGAUAUAUUUAUUCUAAGGCUAUGGAAAUAUAACAUAUUAAAAUUUUUAUUAAGAGUAGUCUAAGAAAAAAUAAAUUUAUGAUCAACCAUAGUUACAAUUUAAUUAAAGGCUUAAGUUUGGGUUAAAUAGAUAACUAAUUGUGUCCAUUUGAUUUAAAAAAGCCUGAAAAUUUUAAAAGCCCACCUGUAACAGUUUUUUUUUCCGGGAAACGUAAAAAAAAUUGUUGGGAACUUCCAGAGAAACAAACUGUCGGUGUUCUCUAUUCUCUCUCUAUCUUCUUCGAUCUCUCUAUCUUCCUCAAUAGAAACAAAAACAAAUUCAAAGAUUGUGUACCAGAGAAAUAUAACCAGAGAAACAAAAACAAAUCCGAUCAUGACCCUCAAAGUAAUUCUUAUAAAGAAAGAUGAUCGAGACAGCAGAAGAAUAUAGGUAAUCGUUUGAUAGAAAUCAAUUAUCUUUGUUAUGUUAGAUAUUCUUGUUACCAAUAAUUGAUAACUUUUAAUUAUAAUCAAUGUUGAUUGAUGCGCAAGGUUAGGGAAGAAUGAUUCUGGUAACUAAUUAUAUGCAAUAUAUUUUGAUGGUAACAUGAAUAUAGUAUUGAUAUCUUUUUGGUUAAAUCAGAAUCGCUUUCCAAAAAUAUAAAAUAUUUUUUGUUACCAAGAAUAUAGCUAAUCGUUUGAUAGAAAUCAAUUAUCUUUAUUAUGUUAGAUAUUCUUGUUACCAAUAAUUGAUAACUUUUAAUUAUUUAAUGUUAAAAAUAAAUGUUGAUUGAUGCGCAAGGUUAUGGGAGGAAUGAUUCUGGUAACUAAUUAUAUGCAAUAUAUUUCGAUGGUAACAUGAAUAUAGUAUUGAUAUAUUUUUGGUUAAAUCAGAAUCGCUUUCCAUUUUUUUUGGUAACUAAUUAUAUGCAAUAUAUUUCAAUUAUGUUUUUAAAUUUUGAAUUUGAUGUUUUUUUUUCAUGUUCUACUGCUUCCUUUUUUGGAUGUUAAGGAAAGAAGAACUGAUUUGGAAAAAAAACUACACCAUCUAAUAUUAACGUAAA